AAGAGUUGCGUUCUGGUAUAAGUCGCAGUAAUUCGGAAAACAUUUUCCGAACUGUUAAAAGUUCGGUACGUAGUUUCCGAAGUCAACAUAGCAGGGGCAAAUUAGGAAGUUUGGGGGGUGUGCGAGAUAAUGAGUGGGUGGGAUGAGAAAAUUUGCCAAAGUCAACUUCCCUUCAAAUCUUGAUGUUGAACACCAAAUGUUGUAUUGUAUUAGAAUAAUUUUGAUGCAAUGAACCAAAAAAGAGAAUAAUCUUGAUGCAAGUUUGUCUUGGUGUAAUGAAUAUGAUGAAUUUCUUCCUAUUUUUGUUCCUUUCCAUAUUUCUUCUUUGCCACCCCAUUUCUGCAUCAAAUCUUCACAAAACCAAGCAACUAACACUAAAUCUUGUUUCUGAACCAACAUCCUCACAUGACACACCAACCAGAUACUUUGAAGUAACCAAACCCAUUGAACUCCCAAAAACAAAACCAUGCUCAUACCACAUUCUCCACCACCACUUUGGUAACACUUAUCACAAACCUCCAGUUCUUGCUCAUUACACCCCUCCCUCUAUUUGUCAAUCUCAAAACUUCUCCAAAAUUGUCCUUGAAUGGAAGGCAACAUCUAAAGGAAAACAAUUCGAUCGCAUUUUCGGUGUGUGGCUUGGCGGUGUUGAGUUACUUAGAAGCUGCACAGCAGAACCAAGAUCUACUGGGAUUGUUUGGACUGUUGAAAAAGACAUCACAAGGUACCAUUCCUUGUUAUUGAAUCAACAAAAUCAAACACUUGUUGUUUAUUUAGGCAAUAUUGUUGACAAAACUUAUACUGGUAUUUACCAUGUUGAUAUCACUUUCCACUUUUACCCUCAUAAUCAUCAUGAGAGAAAAAAGUUCAAAUCUUUAGCAUUUGGGAGUGGUUUUCAUGCAGAUUUGAUCUUGCCCAUAUCAAGAAAUCUCCCACUGAAUGAUGGAUUAUGGUUCCAAAUUCAGAAUUCCACUGAUGUGAGUUUGAAGGAAUUCAUAAUUCCACAAAAUGCAUAUAGAGCUGUAUUAGAGGUUUAUAUUUCAUUUCAUGAAAAUGAUGAGACUUGGUAUAGUAAUCCUCCAAAUGAAUAUCUUGUUGCAAAUAACCUUACUGAUACCCCUGGUAAUGGACCCUUUAGGGAAGUUGUGAUUACUCUUGAUGAAAUGGUUGUUGGUUCAGUUUGGCCUUUUACUGUGAUCUACACUGGAGGGGUUAAUCCUCUCUUGUGGAGACCUAUUAGUGGGAUUGGUUCAUUUGAUCUUCCAUCUUAUGAUAUUGAAAUUACACCUUUUUUAGGGACAAUAUUGGAUGGAAAGAUUCAUUUGUUUCGGUUCAGUGUGACGAAUUCUUUGAAUGUUUGGUUUAUAGAUGCAAACUUACAUCUUUGGUUGGGGAAAGAGCAGUAGAACAAAGGAAAACUCCUGAAUUACAUUGACAAACCUUUGGUUGAAUCUCUAGUAUUUGAAUUUAAUGGUUUAAAUGGAACAUUCUUAACUAGUGUAAAGAAAUCAUUUUUGUCAACCGGAUGGGUUAACUCCUCCUUUGGUAACAUCACAACCAGUUUUGUUCAAGAUUUUAAUUACUACAACUCGGUGGUUAUGACAAAGAAUGGGGGUAAACAAACGGUGAAUCAAAUAAUAGAUUUCAACGACAGUGUUCUGGCUAAAGUUCCAUCGCCCUUUCGAGAUUUGGUUGAUGACACAAAAAGAAAAUUUUUCCUUUACUUGGAUUCAGAAGAAGUUCUUGAGCAGGAUAAUGAUGAUACUUAUUUAUCAGUUUCAAAUUUUACAUUAGGUAUUGAUGAGAAAAAGUCUAAGAGCCAAGAUUAUGGAUUUUCAAAUAGCAUUCUAAAUAAUUUGCAGGGUGGCCAAGGUAGAAUGGUUGUUAAAAAGGAUAUGGUUGUGAGUGCAGUGGGUGAAACACAACAAGAUUACAAAUAUACGAGUGAUGAAUAUUGUUACUUCAGGAAAAUUGGCAGCUCAAAUUAUACAAUUCUAUACGAUGAAGUCAAAGAUUCAUGCAACAAAAAAUGUCACUCAUUUUGAUCUUAAUUUUAUCAUAAAGUUUCCUGUUAUGCUCUAGAGUCCCUUUCUACCUCUCCAAAAAAUGUGCAGGCAAGGCCUUUGUUAGAAUAUCAAUGUUGUAACAUUUGUCCUCCUAUUUUGUCAUGUUAUCCUCCAUUGAUUCCCAAAAUGGAAUUUGAGGCGAGGGCAACAAAAUUAUAUUUACCACCAACAAAUGAUGCGAAGUUCACCUGUCUA